GCCGGAGCGGCGCGCGCGCGCGCGCGGUGAGUGUGCGAACCUCGGAGUCGCCCAACCCAGCUCACGGUCCCAGCUGGUCCAGCGAGGAGGGCGGAGCGGGCGGUGGCAGGACGGCCGGGGCGUCCUCCCCUCUGGAGGCUGGCUUCCCGGCGGGUUCGGCCGCCGCGCAGCGGUGCUCAGAGCGUCGCCUCAGCCGAGUUUGCAGCGUUUGGCGUCUUGCCCUCAUGCUGCAGCCAGCGUGGCCGCGGCCACCUCGCUCUCGUCCCUGCCCCGCCUCUCCCGAAGCUGCGUCUUCGGGACUCUUUUGGUUCCUUCUCUCUCUCCUGGCUUCUAACUCUUGCUAGUUCUGCAAGGGAUGGUGCAGCCAGCGGGCUUCCCAGGCCAAACAUUUUUUGUUUGUGUAGUUCCUUGUCAACAGAAAUGUGGAGUAUCUUGGCUGAGUCCUCCCUACAGACCAGAUCAUUAUGGUCCAGGGUCCUGGUAGACAGGGCAAGUAUCUGAAUGUAAGGUUGAAAAAGUGACACAUUAGUUGAAGGAAACAAAGGGGAAAGCCCAGAAAAGAAAAGAAAAUAUUGCUCCAGUAUAAACAGUGACAAGUGGCAUUGAUCUUUGCAGUCACUCUUCUGCAAGUUGAUCUACUUGACCAGACUGGUUACUGUAAAAGAAGAAUCAGCCUAAGGAAGUGAUUGAAGAUCCUCUGCAGGUGUAUGAGCAGCACUGCUUCUAUAACAAAAGUCUAGACCUACUACAUCUUGAAAGAGAAUGGGCACUUCCUGGGGGACAGCCUUUUUCAUGCUGGUAGCAUCCUGCGUUUGCAGCACUGUCUUCCACAGAGACCAGCAGACUUGGUUUGAGGGUAUCUUCUUGUCUUCCAUGUGCCCCAUCAAUGUCAGUGCCAGCACCUUUUAUGGAAUUAUGUUUGAUGCAGGGAGCACUGGAACUCGAAUUCAUGUUUAUACCUUUGUGCAGAAAAUACCAGGCGAGCUUCCAAUUCUGGAAGGGGAAAUUUUUGAAUCUGUGAAGCCAGGACUUUCUGCUUUUGUAGAUCAACCUAAGCAGGGUGCUGAGACUGUUCAAGAACUCUUAGAGGUGGCCAAAGACUCCAUCCCCCGAAGUCACUGGAAGAGAACCCCAGUGGUCCUGAAGGCAACAGCAGGACUGCGCCUACUGCCAGAAGAAAAAGCCGAGGCUCUGCUCUUUGAGGUAAGAGAGAUCUUCAAGAAGUCACCUUUCCUGGUACCAGAUGACAGUGUUAGCAUCAUGGAUGGAUCGUAUGAAGGCGUAUUAGCUUGGGUUACUGUGAAUUUUCUGACAGGUCAGCUGCAUGGCCACAGCCAGGAGACUAUGGGGACCCUGGACCUGGGGGGGGCCUCCACCCAAAUCACGUUCCUGCCCCAGUUAGAGAAAACCCUGGAACAGACCCCUAGAGGCUACCUCACUUCCUUUGAGAUGUUUAACAGCACUUAUAAGCUCUAUACACAUAGUUACUUGGGAUUUGGAUUGAAAGCUGCAAGACUAGCAACCCUGGGAGCCCUGGAGACAGAAGGAAUUGAUGGACACACUUUCCGAAGUGCCUGUCUACCGAGAUGGUUGGAAGCAGAGUGGAUCUUUGGGGGUGUGAAAUACCAGUAUGGUGGCAACCAAGAAGGGGAGGUGGGCUUUGAGCCCUGUUACGCUGAAGUGCUGAGGGUGGUCCAAGGAAAACUUCAUCAGCCAGAUGAGGUCCAGAGAAGCUCCUUCUAUGCUUUCUCUUACUACUAUGACCGAGCUGUUGACACAGACAUGAUUGAUUAUGAAAAGGGCGGUGUUUUAAAAGUUGACGAUUUUGAAAGAAAAGCAAAGGAAGUAUGUGAUAACUUGGAAAACUUCACCUCAGGCAGUCCUUUCCUGUGCAUGGAUCUCAGUUACAUCACAGCCUUACUGAAGGAUGGCUUUGGCUUUGCAGGCAGUACCAUCUUACAGCUGACAAAGAAAGUGAACAACAUAGAGACAGGCUGGGCCUUGGGGGCCACCUUCCACCUGCUACAGUCUCUGGGCAUCUCCCACUGAGGCCAAGCCCUUCCUCCAAAGCCUGCAUCUGCCAACAACCUUUUUAAAGGGAGACAGAAAGAGGAGAGGACUCAGUCAUGUUCAGAGCUAGUCUGGGUUCAGCCUAGACUGAAGCCCAGCAGCUGGUUUCAUCAGGAAGAAGAGGCUUUUGAAGGCAAGUCUUGCCCUUGAGUCUAGAGAUUUGGGUUUAAAUAAUUUUACACACCUAAUGUGAACUGUCUCCUAACCACUAUUCGUGCACAGCUGGUACCAGAGUCUAAAUCUGUGAGGUUCCUUGUGUGUCACAGCGAGCCCAAAGGAACUGUUUUGGAAUGGAACCUUGGAAAACUCAGGGAUGGAACCCUGGGAACCAAAGAAAAAUCUCAUUUCAACCCUUUUAGUGCCUCAUUCCUUUGGACAUUUUAAUUUUCCUCUUACAUGUUAAACUAAGCUGAUUGCAGUUCCAUGACCCAACACAAGCAUUUUUUUCUUCCCUACAUAUUGCUCUGUCCUACAUUUGUCUCCACCCACCUACCCUAACAAAGAAAGAGAAAAAAAUACCUGGUUUUGCUUUCCAUUUGCUAUUGAGAGAGAGAGAGAAAAAGACCCAUAUCUGAAGUUAUGUGAUCCUGCUUUGUUUUAGCUCCAAUCAGCCACCGGAGAGCCAUCCUAAAUCUCAGCAGGAUGGAGAGCAGGUCCUAACUGGGCAGGUCCCAGCCUUAAGAAAAGGGGCUGUUUUGUUUCUAGGAAUAGGUCUUGGGAGCUUGUGGCUGCUCUGUGUAGACCACCUUCUUUUUUGCCAGUCUACCCUGGGAUUAAUGAACAUAUCCAACCUUAUAGGAGAGAGAGUGAGUGCACGCACGUGCACAUGUGUACAUGCUUGUGUACAUGCACACACAUGUGCACCGGUACCUCCUUCCAGGCUAAUGUGUUUGUCAUCCUAAACUUGUUUUCUUUGUAUUUCUAAGAAAUAAAUCUACAGCCUAGCUUUUGGCCUGUGGUGAGAGGCCUGUGGCUGUGCUGUUUAAGGAUCUAGAUUGUGGUAACAGCCCCUCUUGGUUUGCCCUUUUCUUCUCUUUGUAGCAGUCACUGUUCCUGCCCUGGCCCCUGAUCACUUUAGCUAGCAUCCUCUGCAAUACUUGUCCAGUUCCAGGGUUUCUGAUACCCUUCUUGAAUCCUAACAUUGGACUUGGUUGGCCAUUUUGGCCCACAUCAGUGAGUGGAUUCUCACUGAGUGAAUAUUCAGAGCUCUUGAUUCUGUGAAUUAUUUCCCCUAAAAUUCAUAUCUUGCACUUUCCCACAUGACCAUCCCUUCUUCUUGUCUACCAACUCCAGUGCUCUUGGACUUGAAAGAUCUUCCUCUGGUCUGGCUCUUUUGCCUUGGCUCUUUACCUCCAACUUCUUUCCAGCAGAGUUGCAUCUCCCCAGAUUUGUAGCUUUCACCGUAGACUUUUCUUUAUAGGGCCACACCCAUAUGGAAGUUCCCAGGCUAGGGGUCAAAUCAGAGCUAUAGCUGCCGGCUUACACCACAGCAAUGCUAGAUCCAGGCUCAGUCUGCAACCUACACCACAGCUCACGGCAACACCAGAUCCUUAACCCACUGAGCAAGGACAGGGAUUGAACCCACGUCCUCAUGGAUGCUAGUCGGGUUCAUUUCCGCUGAGCCACAACGGGAACUCCAGGGAACCUUAUUUUAAAAGGUAUUCCAUUGAGUCAAUAUUUAACAUCUGAGAUGUGCAAGUGAUUAGGCAAAUUUCUAUAUCCUCAUCCCCCGAACUUUUAGUUUUUUAGUUCUAUGUGGAAUUUUUUCAUUCUUCACACUUUUAAUUAUUACCGAGGUCACCUUUAUACAUAUUGCUUCUUCCCCCAAAAAUGCAUAAUGAAAUAAAAAUCUUUAUAGAGUUGGAAACAGCCUAAGCAUAUAAUCCAAUGGGUAGAACACUGCAGAAUUCCCUUAACACUUCUAACUGGUUUUCAUUCAGCUUCUGUCAAGGUAUGUUUUCAGACAACUCAUUCUGCUUUGGGAUUGCACUGAUGACCAAAAAAAAAAAAAAAAAAAUCCCUCCUUAUAUUGAGCUGAAAUCUACAUAUCUUCUUAGUAUCUUAAUUCUGCUCUAAUCCUUCCACAGGCCUUUCAGUUUUUUGAAGAAAGCUCCUCCCCAGUCCCACCACAUGACUUCUAGACCCUUCCCAUCUUUGUCUCAAAUGUCAGGUGUUAGAACCAGUCGUCAUACACAAAAUUUUGUUCCACAGGAUUGGGGGAGAGCAUUUCCUAUUAGAAACCAAGUUGUUUUCCCAAGAGAUAAACUGUGUUCACUAGACUACUCCAGCUUCAUCAGUCCAGAGAGGUAAGACUGCCUGGUCUGUAUUAGCACAGCUUGUCUCUGAAACUUUUCUCACAAAGGCCACAUACUGUUCAGCAGACUAUUUCAGUCAUCCCAAAUACUUUUCAGAACUCUUGGGUAGAUGCAUUGUAACUCCAGAAAUGUAUCUACCUGUUUUCUGAUCAUCUUGAUUAUAAUAUUUGGAGAAUUAUACUAUUUAGAGAAUUAACUACCUUUAACUAUCUUAUCCAUUUUAGGAGCAAUUUGGAAUGAAAAUUUUUCUUAAAAACAAAAAACUGUCUAUAAUGUCCUUUCUGCCCUUGCUGUACCUUUUGGGGCCUCUCAUUAAGAGCUUCUGUAGGAGCUAAUAUUGGUGGCUAAGUUUCCUUUCUAUAAAUGUGGUCUAUAUUUCCAAUACUUAGGACAUGGCCCAGCACAUAGGGGGUGUGUGUGUGUUGUUUGAUAUCAUCAUCAUCAGAAAAACAUCCUGUCAGUUAUGGAGGUCUUUGCAAGGUGUGCCUUAAAAUUCUUCAUGUCUUACCCAAUUUUGUUCAUGUGCUUUUGAAGCGCCCCAUGUUCUAACCUGGGCUACCUUUCCAUUCUUUAUGAAAGAUUACCUUUUCCCCUUCAGCGACCUUUCUGGGCUCUGCCAGGGGUCAACACAGCUUUUCCCAGUGGCUGCCAUCUUUCAUUAUGGGCACAGUUUUCCUGAGAACAAAGGUUUGUGACAUUCACACCUUUUUACUCUAGUGUCUCAUAAAUUUCCCAGUUACCUGAAAAGCUCCUGUGCAAUAACAAAUUUCCCAUUCCUUCAAAAAUAUUUCCCAAGAGUAGCUUAGCUUGGUUCAGAAGCAAACUGUUACCUUCUCCUUUUCGUCUUCAAGUCAGACUUCUGGGCAAGAUGUUUUUUAUAGUAUUGAAAUCUGAUGGAUCCCAAAUCUCUUCAAGUGAAAUCUCUGGUACUAUGUAUGAGGUAAGCGCUUCAAAAAUGCAUAGCAAAACAACCCCCUGCCCACCUCAACAAUUUGCUGCUAAUCAGAAUUUUUCUUUUGACUUGGUUUCUGAGGUCUUUAAACCUGUGCAAUGAAAUUUAUUGUUUUAUUAAUAAACAGACAAUGGUGCCCACAAUGGAAGAACCAUAAUUAAAAUUGAAAUAUGGUGCUGCGAUGACAAAGUAAUACCUAGCAUUUUAAGAUCUGGUUUUCUUUUCAGGUCAAGUGUGACAGAGGUUAAAGCAAUUUGUUUAAUUUGCAUUUUAAUGUUAUUAAUUUUUAAAUAGCAAUUCUAACAAAAAUGCAUCAAUUGACUUUCUAAUACUUUAUCAAAAACAACUGUAUAAAUUUACAACCAGCAUUUAAAAAAAUAAACUGUAUAACUUCUCUUUGGAAAGGACUGCUAAUAAGUGAAAAUGAAUGAGACAGCACCUUAGCAAUUUCUGAUUUAGUAAUAAAACGUUUUUUCAACAAAA